AUGCGAAACUUGGCUUCGAGAGCCCGGAGUGAUUCGGGUUGUAAAAUAAAAGAUAAUAGAAGCGGCGGAGACGGCGAGAAGGAGAUCGACGACAAUCGUCUUCGAGAAGACGGAGAAGACGGACUCGCCAAGUGGAGGAAGAGAAACGAUCUCGAGAGCAUGAGACCAACUACGAGAGUGAUCCGUUGGAGUGCAUGGACAUGGACGAAGACGACGAGCCUGAAGCUUCUUGCGGAGCUUUCUUCUUUUAUGAUUAGUUACACCAUACAACCAAAUUGUCCUAAUCCUAAAAGGAGAAAGCUCAAAGCAGUCCUAUGGCGAGAAGCUUCGGGCUCGUCGUUUUUGUUUGUGUCCAUGUACUCCCACGGAUCACUCUCGUAG